GCGGCCGCUGCCAGACCUCGCCAGUUCAGACCCACCGGGCUGCCCUCCCCUGCACUCUCCCCUUGCUGCCCAGGCCCGGAGAGCAGCGCAGCCGCGCAGGUAUUUCUGCUGAGCUGUGCAAGGAACUUCACUAGCCGGAGAUUCACGAUGUUGAAAGCCCUUUUCCUAACUAUGCUGACUCUGGCGCUGGUCGAGUCACAGGACACCGAAGAAACCAUCACGUACACGCAAUGCACAGAUGGAUAUGAGUGGGAUCCUGUAAGACAGCAGUGCAAAGAUAUUGAUGAAUGUGACAUUGUUCCAGACGCUUGCAAAGGUGGAAUGAAAUGUGUCAACCAUUAUGGAGGAUACCUCUGCCUUCCUAAAACAGCCCAGAUUAUUGUCAAUAAUGAACAACCUCAGCAAGAAACACCCGCCGCGGAAGGCGUGGGUGCAGCGGCCAAUGCAGCUGCCACGUCGGGGACAGGCGCUGGGGGCGUGGCGGCCACCGGCAUGGCAGCCAGUGGAGUGAUGCCCGGGGGCGGCUUCGUUGCCAGUGCAGCUGCGGUGGCAGGCCCGGAAGUGCAGACUGGCCGAAAUAACUUUGUCAUCCGGCGGAACCCAGCGGACGCUCAGCGCAUCCCUGCCAACCCUUCUCACCGGAUCCAGUGUGCAACAGGCUACGAACAGAGUGAGCAUAACGUGUGCCAAGACAUAGACGAGUGCACUGCAGGGACUCACAACUGUAGAGCCGACCAAGUGUGCAUCAAUUUACGAGGCUCCUUCGCCUGUCAGUGCCCUCCAGGGUAUCAGAAGCGAGGAGAGCAGUGUGUAGACAUAGAUGAAUGCACAAUCCCUCCAUAUUGCCACCAAAGAUGCGUGAAUACACCGGGAUCAUUUUAUUGCCAGUGCAGUCCUGGGUUUCAGUUGGCCGCAAACAACUAUACCUGUGUAGAUAUAAAUGAAUGUGACGCUAGCAAUCAAUGUGCUCAGCAAUGCUACAAUAUUCUCGGUUCAUUCAUCUGUCAGUGCAAUCAAGGAUAUGAGCUGAGCAGUGACCGGCUCAACUGUGAAGACAUUGAUGAAUGCAGAACCUCAAGCUACCUGUGUCAGUAUCAAUGUGUCAAUGAACCUGGGAAAUUCUCGUGUAUGUGUCCCCAGGGAUACCAAGUGGUGAGAAGUAGAACCUGUCAGGAUAUAAAUGAGUGUGAGACCACAAAUGAAUGUCGGGAAGAUGAAAUGUGUUGGAAUUAUCAUGGCGGCUUCCGUUGUUACCCACGAAAUCCUUGUCAAGAUCCCUAUGUUCUAACAUCAGAGAACCGAUGUGUUUGCCCAGUCUCAAGUGCAGUGUGCCGAGAACUUCCCCAGUCUAUAGUCUACAAGUACAUGAGCAUCCGAUCCGAUAGGUCUGUGCCAUCAGACAUCUUCCAGAUACAGGCCACAACCAUUUAUGCCAACACUAUCAAUACUUUUCGGAUUAAAUCUGGAAAUGAAAAUGGAGAGUUCUACCUAAGACAAACAAGUCCUGUAAGUGCAAUGCUUGUGCUGGUGAAGUCGCUAUCAGGACCAAGAGAAUAUAUCGUGGACCUGGAGAUGCUAACAGUCAACAGUAUAGGAACCUUCCGCACAAGCUCAGUGUUAAGAUUGACAAUAAUAGUGGGGCCAUUUUCAUUUUAGUCUUUUAAAAGAGUCCACUAUAGGCAUUUAAAUCAGCCAAAGAAUAUUGAUACCAUAAAGCACUAUUUUAUUUAUAGACGUAUCUAGUACAUCUACAUCUAUAUGCUGUACACUCACCAAUAAUUCAAACAAUUACACCAUGGUAUAAAGUGGGCAUUUAAUCUGUAAAGAUUCAAAGUUUGUCUUUAUUACUUUAUGUAAAUUAGACAUUAAUCCACUAAACUGGUCUUCUUCAAGAGAGCUAAGCAUACUCUAUUCAAUGAAACUUGGAUUCUUUUCUGUAAAAGUGGGACAAAGCAAUGAUUAUCUUCUGUGGUGCUUAAGGGAACUUACUACAGCUCCACUGACAGUCUCGUAAGGAGGCAACCAUCAUAACAUUGAACAGCAUGCAAGUUCAAGAAUGAAUUUUUUAACUGCUUUGUAAGAAAAUGGAAAAAGUCAAUAAAGAUAUAUUUCUUUAGAAAA